AUGCAGUCACAAGCAAAAUCUGAAUCUAUUUCAAAAUAUAUUCCAAUUGCAGAAAAAAUUCGCGAUUAUAUUAGCUGUAAAUAUUGCCAAAAACAUUGCUAUGUGUAUAGCAAUAAAUUUUUAACAGACAAUGAACAAUAUGAUUACCAGCAAGCAUUAAAAUCAUUUUCAUACUCAUGUGGCGCACUGAUUUUCCCUGAUGAACAUUAUUUGAAAGAAGAAGGAAAAUUUUCAAUUUGUUACUAUUGUAGAAAUAGUGAUGAUUUGAUAACUCCAUCUCAAUCUUUGAAGGAAAGUUUUAAGCAAAUUUAUCCAUUGUGCGAAGUUUGUGAAGAAG